GCGAAGUCGGUGUAGAUGGAUCAUUGAUUUCUACCAGUCCAGGCGCUCAACAGAACUUUCAGGACAGGUACAAAAGUCGAACUGGAAGGCCACAGGAAAACCAGUCUCUGUCUUCACAAGAUGCAGACCGUCUUCAUCGCCCUCUCAGUCCUCGUUGCAGUGGUUUCAGCCCAGUUGCCUGUCAGGCUCGUUGGAUCACCACCUACAAACCCUCCUCUUUGCCUGACAGCCACCUCCAACGUCGAUGGCUCCGCCAUCGCCCUCGCUCAAUGCAACGACCCAAACUCCACUUUCCCCAAUGGAAACGUCACCUGGGUCAUUCCUUCCCCACUUGAUGAGUCUGGACGGAUAACGACGUUUUCCGGAACGAAAUGCCUCGACGUUCGUGAUGGUCUUACUACAAACGGGAAUCUGGUUCAAGUGUGGUCGUGUGUAAAUGGGAACACGAAUCAGUUGUGGCAAUACAACGGAGAUUCUGCCACGAUUUCUUGGACCGGGCAGAAUAAGUGUUUGGAUAUACGAGAUGGGAACCUCACGGCUGGGGCUCUUGUUCAGAUAUGGGAUUGCGUACCUGGUAAUACCAACCAGUUUUGGUUAUUCGGUUGAGUUGAUGUCUUAUGGAUGAGACUGGGGUGA